AUGGGGCCCCCCCCUAAACCUAAGGGUAUAGGGGCCCUCUUGCUGCAGUCUGCAACCCUCCGAGACCUCCUCUGUGCAGCUACUCGUGCUCGCGUACUAAAAGAAGAGAUACUGGGUCUUACUGUUCCUGAGGCUACACAGCUCUUCUACCGUGUAGGGGGCCUCCUUUAUGCCCAUAGCUUUGCUGGUAGUAAAGGGGGCCCCCAAGGGGUGCCCCAAGGGGGCCCCCACAGAGGGACCUGUACUCAAGACCCCGUCCGCCCUUGGGGGGCCCCCCAAGGGCACCGAAGGGGCGUCUCUGAGCCUGUGGAGGUGUUUCCUUCUAUAGAUGUGUUGGAAGCAGCAGCUGCUGUUGCAGCUGCUGUUGCAGCUGCUGUGGAGCAGCAACAUGGGGCCCCCCAGCUGCUGCAUGCGUUUGUACCCUUGUUAUGGGUAGUAGGAGAAGCAACGCUGCAGCAACUAGAUAGUGUGGUGGGCCCCUGCAAGCAACGUGCUGCUUGUUGCCCUAAAGAGGGGGGCCCCUAUAGUGAUGAAGAAGAGGUACCCCCUGGGGAGGCCCCAGGGGCCCCCCAGGCCUUAUUAAAGAGGCAGCAGCGGCUGCGCAGUACCCUUUGCCACUGUCUCUUAGAGACACUUGACAAGCUGCUGGAUGGGCCCCCCGAGCAGCAGCAGAAGCAGCAGAAGCAGCAGCAACAGCAACAGCAGCAGCAGCCUCUCUACCUUGGCCUUGCAGCAGAAGCUGCUUCUCUUCUCCUUGUUAACGCCCUCUCUUCACCUGGCUCGACUGCUGCUGCUGCUGCUCUUGCUGCUGCGCCGAGGAGAGAGGGUCUGUGGGGCCCCCUGCAGCAGCUGUUUGAUAUGUUUGAGGCCCCUGAAGCUGUGCUGCAGCAGCAUGGGCCUCUGCAGCCGCAACUGCAGCGCCUGCUGCUGCUGCUGCUGCUUGCUGCUUUGCCUAAUUCCCCGCUGCUGCUGCAGCAAGAGGGAAGGAAGGCUCUCGCGCACCUGUGGGGCCGCUGCCCAGGCCUACACCUCGUCUUCUUCCGCCACUUGGUGUCUCUUAUUGAGGACCGAAGUGUCACUGCUGGGGACCUGCAGCAAAUGGGCUCCUUGUUCCUACAAGCCUUCAAGGUGUCUCUUGAGCCUGGCUGCGAGUCCCUUGCCCCGCAGCUGCAGCAGCUGCUGCGUGCGUCUCUCUUUUCCCCGCUGCAGUUGGCGCAGCGGUGCCGCUGCUGCUUGCUGCCUCUACUAUCUCAGCAGACGUUUUCUGCUGCAGCAAGCAGCAGCAGCAGGGCUGCUGCUGCUGCACUUACGGGUGCCCCCCUAAGGGCUGCACUAACAACAGAGGAAGGAGGGAGGGAGGUGUCUCCUCCUCUUAGUGUAUGGUCCUUAGCGUCUCCUUUCUUAUGGAGGUCUUUGAAGGCAAGCCAAGCAGCAGCAGUAACAGCAGCAGCAGCAGCAGCAUCAACAGCAGCAGCGGGGAGAGGAGCUGCAGCAGCAACAGCAGCAGCAGAUAGUGAGGUGCUGGAACAGAUCUUAGAGGACCCGUCCCCCACCGUGCGCCAUGCAGCCGUCUCCUUUCUGCUGCAGCUGUUGCGCCGCUGCUGCAGCAACCCUAGCAGCAGCAGCAGCAGACAGGAGGUGAUGCUGCAGCCAGUAGCACUUACUGAUUUGCUGCAGCUGCUGCUAGGGGCAGCAGCAGAUCGUCAGUCGCCUGCUGUCAGGUGUCUCCUCCUUACAGAAAUUGCUGCUCUGCUGCAGCAAAGCCAACACCAAACCCACCCAGCAGCACUGGCGCUAGUCGUGAAGGUGCUGCUGCAGCUAGCUCAGGACAGCAGCAGCUGCGUCCGCUUUGCUGCUGCGCUGCUGCUAGACGCUGCACCUUCUGCAGCACCGCCUCUUUUGCCGUCCUCACCGGACCGAGAGCAGCAGGAGCACCAAAUACAGCAGCAGCAACAGCAGCAGCAACAGCAGCAGCUUCUGGCCCGCUGUGUGUGGGACGGGCUGACUGGUCUAUUGAGGAGUGUGCAGCACCAGCGAUUGCUACAGCUGUCGCAUUUUAAGCGUUGGCAGCAACUCAGCAGCAGUAGGCCUCGUGCUGCACUUGCUGCCCGUGCUGCUGGUGCUGCUACUGCUGUCGCGGGAAGGGAGCGGCAGCGAACCCAAGAGCGAGGGUUGGGGGCCCCUAAAAGGGGGGCCCCCUCGUUGGCCAUUCAAAAGGCAGCGCUGCGAGCGCCUGGUUAUCCUUAUGACCUGCAGGAGCAGCAGCAGCAGCAGGAAGUGUUACUUGCGAGUCUUAUUGCAGCAGCAGCAGCAGCAGCAGGUCCCCUUGAGGUGUCUCAGAGACUGGCGAGCCGCAUAUGGAAGGAGCUGUUCGCAUUACCGCUGCAGCAGCAGGUAGGACCGGGCCCCCUUUACCUGGUGCCGCUCCUAGUGGGGGGCGCCCUGUUUGCUGCUGUGCAGCCUAGAAGGCCCCCCAACAGGGGCCUCUUGGGGGCCCCCUUCGAGGCCUCAUGGCUACAGCUGCGUAGGGAGGCCCCUAACUAUAUCGAGCGCUGCAAGUUAGCUGCCAGUCUCUUUAAGCUUGUGGAGGCGAAGCUCGCUGCCUCUGAUGAGCAAGCAGCAGCAGAGGUGCAGCAGACGAGCAGCAACGAGGGACAUAUACAGUUGCUGCAUACCAUGAGCUGUAUGUACACCUGUGGGGCCCUCCUUCCACCAAGAAACACACAAGAGAUUGACCUCCUUAAGAAAGAGAAGGAGCUUAGACGAUUCCUUGAUAUGGCCUUACCUACAUCCCUGUUGCUGCGCCACACUGAGGGACCCCUUUGCUAUGUGUCAUGGCAGCUGCUGCUGCAGUUGCCAGUCCCUCUAAUUAAUAUAUCUGCUGUCUCCUCUGCUGCCUGCACGAGCACAGAGGAGACUCCUGUCUCCAAUUGUGUAGCACCUGGAUCUUCUCUAACGGGAGAGGAGACAUCAUCUCUCAAGGAGACAGAGGAGGCACCUUCGCGCACACUUGUGCUGCAAGAGUUGCUGCAGCUGGUGGAGGGCUACCUGCAAGGCCAGUGGUGCUGCAGCGACACCCCAGCUGGUGCUGCGGCAGUUGCAGCAGCAGCAGCAGCAGCGGACGCCGCUUUCGCUGCUGCAGCUCCAAGUUCUGAUUCACCGUGCACGUUGCAGCAGCCUUCAUUGUGGAGACAACACCGAUCCAAAAAGCCUAGGACCAGUAGUGCAGCAGCAACAACAAAAGAAGCAGCACCAGCAGCAGAUGAAGGAGCACGACCCUCUGCGCACGGCCGUCUUGGUCCUCCACCACAGCAGCAGCAGGCGCUGUUGACUGAGGUGUUGCUACCUUUUGUACUGCGACAGGGGCCCCUCCGGCAGCGGUUCUUGGGGGCCCUUUGGGGUCCUGUGCUGGGUCUUAUACAGAACCUCACUAUCUUAGGAGGCAGCAAGAGUAAACCUUUGUCCUCAAGAAGAAGAGACACCUUAGGGACAACGCAUGCAGCAAGAGCAGCAGAGACCACAAGAACAGGUCUGCUGGAAGAAGAGCAGCAAACAACCAGCAGCUGCUGCUGCAGCGGAUACAGCAGCAGCAGCAGCAGCAGUAACGACAGCAGCAAAUCUCGAAAAACACAAAGAGGUCGUGCCCCGCCGACCCGCGGCCGCAGCAGAGGCGGUGUCCCCCUGCAUUCUGGCCCCGGACGUAGUUCUACAGCAACAGCAGCUACAGGAGCAGCAGGAGCAGUAGGAGCAGCAGCAGCAGCAUCGAAGGGUACCUUCGAUCGCCUCCUUCAGGGGCACUUAGGGGCCCCCAGCCCAGCAGGGUGGAGUCUUGUGUCCACUGCUGCUGCGCUGCAGAUAAUCGGUAUUCUCCGCUGUGUCCGUGGUGGCCGAGAGGCUCUGGGACUUGAGGAGAAAGUUUGCCGGGGGAAAUCAACUGCAGCAACAGAAACAGCAGCAGCAGCAGCAGCAGAGGCUCAGCGGAGUGCACAAAACAGAAAACGCUCACGAAUGCAGCAACAGCAGCAGCAGAUGCUGCUGCACCUACCUGCUCCAAAUCUGCUGCAGCUGGCCAUCGAUGGCUACUGCACUGCCCUUGUUAGACUUCUGCUGCAGUGGGGGCCCUUUCAAAGGCCUGCCGAGUCCCUACACCUGCUGCUGCGCCAGUGCCCGCAGGAGCCCCCCUGGAAUGAGCUGCUGCCUCUCCCCUUGGGCCUUUUUAUAGGGGCACACAGAGAGAAGCUGCUGCUGCAGCAGCUGCAGCAGCAGCAGGAAGAGCAUUUGUGUAUUGCGAACAUCGUGGGGCCCCCUGAGGGACCUUGUAAAGGCACUGGGUUCUCCAUGCCUCCACCCCAACCGCCUUGGGACCCCGAGAGAGGCGCUGGGGGGCCCCACACCCACCAAACAAGGAGAAGGGGGGUCGCACCUAACAGAUGUAUUCCGCCUGAGGGUUUGGCUCGGCAGCGCGCAAUGUGCCCUGGAGUUAUACGGGAGAUUAUUAAGGGAGUCCUUGAGAGUGUGUUUGUUGCAGAGUUGUAUUCGAGCACAUCGCCGUCCUUCUGGGUUGAUACGAGCUGUCUUUGGCUGGUUGACUUUAAUGUCUGGUAA